AUGAGCGCAGACUUGCACGGCGGCACCGCCCCGCUGGCGGCGCUAACUACCGUCUUCACACCUCCCUGUCCGACGUCGUGGCUGGUGACGACGACCAAACUGCCGUCUCAGUUCCCUUCUUUCCCUUCUGCCAACGUUGCGGUACCAACGUGCGACCCACCGGGGUGGGCUGGCAACCUGGCCGGCGAGGGCUUUCAGUACUACUCGCCGGCUAUCUGCCCAGACGGCUUUGAAGUUGGAGACGAGUGCAUUCUGACGGGCACGCCACGAACAACUGAGGGGUUUCCCGCCGUGGCUCCCGGUGAGACUGUGGCAUGGUGUGUGCCGAGCGGACAGACGUGCACAUCGGACACAACCGACUUCCGGGGCGGUGUUUGGGGUGUAUUGCAGACGAGCACGGGUGCCGGUGCCACUAUCACAGUUGGGCCGGCCAUUCAGAUCCGGUUUCGUGACGUCGACCUGUCCAUACUGGCAACGCACCCACUGACGCCGGGCCGGAUACUACCAGGAGGCAAACCUUUAACGCAAUCGACACGGCCUCCUUCACCGACACCACCACCGACCAAACAGACACCGGACGCAUUCACCAGUUCUUCAGAAACUGCGCAGAACACACAACUGUCAUCGUCACCGUCUUCAUCGUCGUCGUCACCAUCAACAACAUCUACAGCAACAAGUGACGGCACUGCCGUCGGGUUUAUGACGGUCAUAGGAAAAUCCACGACUGCGUCACUAUCGUCCGCACCAGAACCAGUCACCAGUACUGUCCAAGUCGUAUCGCAUGGGUUGACGUUCAAAUCGACUGUAGUGACGUCUCCAACGCCGUCCGUUGACAACGGAGGCGACGGUGGUGACGAUUCUACUGGCGCCACUGCCACCAACAGCACCAGCAAUGCAUUGGCCAGCAAAACCCCUACAAGUGCCUUUACAGCCACCAUCGUCAUGGCGGUGAUAUUGAGUGUCGCCGCUGCUGCCAUUGCGUGUUUCUUCCUUCUGUCAAGACGGCGCAACCUUCGACAACAACAGAAGCCGAGCGAGCAAGGGCGUGGCUUACCAAACACCGAGCCCCCAGUACACGAUGGCAAUUCUUCUCUUGGGUGGUCGUCCGUUGGUGUCGGCGCCUGGGUCCAUCGGAGACGACCUCGCUGGCAGGCUGGUUGGCGCCGGCUACGAGCAUGGUGGAGUAGUCUACCCCGUCUGCCUUGGCAGCGGCGGAGUACCCAUACGGGCGACAACCGGAGAUGGGCUAGGUGGCGCCGUCCAGUACCACGGCGACAUAAUCAAAACGCGGAAGACAGGGAACCUGGCCGGGCACGCACGCCUAUGGCAGAGUUACCGACCUCGGAGCGUGUGGUGGCCGACUAUGCCGAACUGGAGGGCUCCCCAGUACCCCAGAGACAGGUGUCAUACAAUGACAAUGACGAUGACGCCGACUCAUACAUGAGCAUCCAAAAGUUCAAGGGCAUUCCUGCCAGACGCAUGAAUGCCCACAGCCCGACCCGUGCCAAUCGUCUUAGUUGGAUGUCCCGCUUGUCACGGUACAUGCGAGGACGGUCGUCGACGGGAGGCGGGGACGGCCGGGACACGCCUGCAAGUCGUGGCACCAGCGUCUACGAUGACGCCGCUACGGUGGCUGACCGAAGCAUUCUAAGCCGUGCAUCCACACGGUCGUCUCACUGGACGCGCUCGGGCGAGGUGGACGACAGUCCGUUUGGGACCAUGGACAGCAACGAUGUUGACGAGAGCAGCUGGGAGGUCUUCUCGCGAUCACGCGAAGGACUCGGCCGGUUGCUGCAGGUGAAAAAGAGUGCUGGAAGCCCCAUGCCUGUCCCGUUUGGCGCCCGUCGCGGUCACCAGCGUGGCCUGAGUGCGCCGACCAACAGUACCGCAAAGGGCCUCCCUCGAUUGCCCUCGCCAGCAAUUACUGUGCGAAGUGACCGAACUGGGACGCCGGUCCCGGGAUGGCUGGGCGGUGCCAAUGGCGCCAACACCGACCGCUUCUCACGGCUGAGCAGCGGCACGUUUGGGCGCAUGGACAGCUUUAUCAGCCGAGACGGCAGUCGAAUUGGAGACGUGCCGGGAGUCGGUGCAGGAGGAGCACAAUAUACUGAAGCGAAUCCAUAG